UGCAAUUUACAAUUUUGGUGCAAUUUGACGACAAGAACUAAAACAUGACAGAGGAAAAGAAAAAUAAUCUCCUGCUAUUGUUCGAUCGCCCCUCUGAACCGGUGUUCAUGGAAAAAGGCAAAACAGCCACGGUAUUCGAUGUGCCCGACAAAUAUCUCACGGAUCGCUAUCGUCCCAUAGGCAAUGAGGUUCAGACACGUUUCAGCGAUACGGCAGAACGCCGUGUUCCAGUGCGAGAUAUCUCAUUGCCCGACUUGCGUAUACCCAUGUCCUUGCCACGCGAUGAACAAUUUUCCUUGUUUGUGCCACGCCAUCGACAAAUCGCAGGCCGUUUGAUUGACAUUUUCGUAGGCAUGCGCAACAUAGACGAUCUGCUGAGCGUUGCAGUUUAUGCUCGAGAUCGAGUCAAUCCCUUCCUCUUCAACUAUGCCUUGUCGGUGGCAUUGCUACAUCGUCGUGAUACCAAGGGUUUGGAUUUGCCUUCUUUUGCCCAAAAUUUCCCUGAGAAAUAUGUGGACUCGAAGGUAUUCCGCAAGGCACGCGAGGAAGUAACGGUAGUGCCAGAAGGCUCGCGCAUGCCCAUCAUUGUCCCCAGGGAUUAUACGGCCUCCGAUUUGGAACCCGAACAUCGUCUGUGGUAUUUCCGUGAAGACGUGGGCAUCAAUCUGCACCACUGGCAUUGGCACUUGGUGUAUCCUUUUGAAGCGGGCGAUAGAUCCAUAGUGGAUAAGGAUCGUCGCGGUGAAUUGUUUUACUACAUGCACGAGCAGAUUAUUGCCCGCUACAAUAUGGAACGUUUUAGUAACAAUUUGCCACGUGUAUCACGUUUCAAUAAUUAUCGUGAGCCCAUAAGUGAGGGAUAUUUUCCUAAAAUGGAUUCAAUAGUGGCCAGUAGGGCGUGGCCACCGCGUUUUGCCAACACUAGUCUGAGUGACCUUAAUCGUGAAUCGGAUCAAAUCACCGUGGAUAUAAACGAUUUGCAGAGAUGGCAUGAUAAGCUAUUGGAAGCUAUCAGCAUGGGAUAUGCUGUCGAUGAAAGCGGAAAUCGCCAACAGCUGACCGAAACUGAUGGCAUUAACAUUUUGGGCAAUAUGAUGGAAUCAUCAAUCCUUUCACCAAAUCGUAGCCUCUAUGGUGAUUUCCACAACAUGGGUCAUGUAUUCAUUUCGUAUGCCCACGAUCCCGAUCAUCGUCAUUUGGAGACCUUUGGUGUCAUGGGUGAUUCGACCACUGCAAUGCGUGAUCCUGUCUUUUACAGAUGGCAUGCUCACGUUGAUGACAUUUUCCAAGAGCACAAGAGGCGUUUACAACCUUACACCUUACAGCAAUUGGAAUAUAAUGGCAUUACUGUUGAAGGCGUACAGGUGGCCAGCGAUGGUGGGAUGGCCAAUGUGUUCACCACUUUUUGGCAGCAGUCCGAUUUGGAUUUGUCACGUGGCAUGGACUUUGUGCCCAGAGGCAAUGUCUUUGCUCGUUUCACUCAUUUACAGCAUACCCCCUUCACCUAUACCAUGAAUGUUAACAAUGCAAGCGGUGCCCAACGAUUUGGAACGGUGCGCAUCUUUUUGGGGCCCAAAAAUGAUGAGCGUGGCCAACCGAUGAAACUGCGAGAUCAACGCUUGAUGAUGAUAGAAUUGGACAGAUUUGUGGCGUCAUUUAAUCCCGGACAAAAUACCAUACGACGCCGUUCAGAUGAAUCUAGUGUGACCAUACCCUUUGAGCGCACCUUCCGCGAUUUGAAUAAUCGUCCAGCUGAAAACACUUCUGAGGAAUUGGAAUACAAUUUCUGUGGUUGUGGUUGGCCUCAACACAUGCUGAUACCCAAAGGUUUACCGGGAGAUGGUUUGCGCUGUCAACUAUUUGUUAUGGUUUCCAAUUAUGAAGAUGACCGGGUUGAUCAAGAUCUGGUGGGUAGCUGCAGUGAUGCCUCCUCCUAUUGUGGGGUGCGCGAUCGUAAAUAUCCUGAUCGUCGUGCCAUGGGUUUCCCAUUCGAUCGUUUGCCACGUCAAGGUGCUGAACAGUUGGUGAAUUUCCUUACACCCAAUAUGAGCAUUGUGGAUGUCAAAAUUCGUCACGAUGCCAAUCGUGUGGUGCAACGUCAAUAGUAAACCAACCAUACAGAAGAAAAGAGAAAAUGAUUUUUGGCAUAACCAAGAGCAUAAGAAAAAUGGACUAAUGAAUAGACUACACAAACUAUAGACUAAGUUAAAAAAUUUCAGAAAAUAUAUCAAAGUCAUCUAUAAAUAAAGUUGCUAUAAAACGUAA